AUGAAUUCUAAAAUUAUAAGAUAUUUUAUAUCCAAUUGCUUUGCUAAAAAUCAUCAUCUCCCAUUGGCACAACAGGAUCCAGAGAUCUUUCAUUUGAUCUCAGAGGCCUCCAAUCACAAAUGCAUUGAUUUUACAGAAACCCCCACUUCUUUGGCUGUCCAAUAAUCACUAGGAUCCAUGAUGUCAACCAAAUAUGCAUCAGGUUAUCCUGGAAAGAAAAACAAACCUGGAACUGAGAUUUAUGAUAAAAUAGAAUAGACUUGUUGGGAGAGAGCUCAAAAACUAUUUAAUCUAAACAACUUUAAUGUGAAUGUUCAAUUGCAAAGUGUUACGGCUGCUAAGCUGAUUGUGAGCAAGGCUUUGGUUAAACCUGGAGGUACGAUAUUAACUCGAGGGAAUACAGACACGAAAGCACUUGAGAAGUAUUAUAAUGUGAUUAAGAAUGACAAUUAUGAUGGUGAAAUUGAUUUGAUCAUUGACUCCAAACUUGAUCGAUUAGAUACUCUUAGGUCGGAGUACAAAAACACUACGCCUAUUCUUUUGGAUGUUACUGAAAAGGCUCCCUUCUAUGUUACCAAUCUCCUUGAGGAGGAGUCGAAAUUGUUAUAGCAGUACCAAUUCAUCGUAGUCAACACUCAAAGGUAAUUCUAUUGAUGUGAGUCUCAGUUUGCUGGGUCCCAAAGGCUGCCUACUAUUUUCAGACAAGGCGUAUUCUGAGGAGGUCGAUGAGGCAUGUUACCCUGGUUAUCAAUCUGGUCCUCAUUUCCACACUAUUACAGGCAUCACUGUGAGUUUGGGAGAAAUUUAACAUGCCGAAUACCAAACGUUAUUUAAAUAGGUGAAAGGCAAUUGUGCUGCUUUGAAAAGGCAAUUGAAAUUGAAAGGUAUCAUAAGGGAAUUUAAUUAGAAUUCCCAUUGAUCGAGACAUCAGGAACUUGUGUUAGUAUAGAAGCGAGUUAGGAAGAUUCAAAAAAGUUAGAGUUAUCUUAGAUUUAUGCACACUUUAGAGAGUCCAGAUUGGAUUUCAAGUGAGAUUUUUUUGAAGAAUAUUUUUAGUUUGAUCCCAUUGACUUAUAAGGGAGUUAAGCAAGAUGCCAUUCCAAAGUUGGCAGAGUGUUUGGGACUUGCUUUAUACCAUUCGAGACAUGGUAAGUUUUUAUAAGAUGAAAAUAACUCUUUGUGGGAAAGAGAGUUGGAGGGAUCAAUGAAUGAAUUUUAUUCUAUGAUCUGAAUUAAAUGAAUGUACAGUUUAG